GGUGCGGCUCUCUUCGCCUUCCUUCCUCUCUGCUCUGUCUCGUCGAGAAUCAGCCGCCAAGUGAUCCGGGCCGGGGAGACAUGGCUGGAUAUCUGAAAGUCCUCAGCACAGUGUCGAGGUCUGCCGCCGCAGCCUUUUCCAGAAGCCCCGCGGUGCUCGCCCCGGCCGCUCAGUGUCAGACUUUUCAACAACGAAACUAUGCCGACAAACGCAUCAAAGUGGCCCAGCCUGUGGUGGAAAUGGACGGAGAUGAGAUGACCAGGAUCAUCUGGGAGUUCAUCAAGGAGAAGCUCAUCCUGACCAACGUCGAUGUUGAGCUAAAGUAUUACGACCUUGGGCUGCCAUACAGAGACCAGACUGAUGAUCAGGUGACCAUCGACUCGGCUCUGGCCACGAAGAAGUACAGCGUGGCAGUUAAAUGUGCCACCAUCACACCCGACGAAGCCAGAGUGGAAGAGUUUAGCCUGAAGAAGAUGUGGAAGAGCCCCAAUGGUACCAUCAGAAACAUCCUGGGGGGCACAGUCUUCCGGGAGCCAAUCAUCUGCAAGAACAUUCCCAGGCUUGUUCCCGGCUGGACGCAGCCAAUCACCAUUGGCAGACAUGCUUUCGGUGAUCAGUACAGAGCAACUGACUUUGUUGUGGACACGCCUGGCAAGUUCAAGAUCAUCUUUUCACCUGCCGAUGGCAGCGCGGGCAAGGAAUGGGAAGUGUACGACUUCCCUGCAGGUGGCUGCGGAAUGGGCAUGUACAACACAGACGAAUCCAUAACGGGCUUUGCACACAGUUGCUUCCAGUAUGCCAUUAACAAGAAGUGGCCGCUUUACAUGAGCACAAAGAACACCAUUCUUAAAGCUUAUGAUGGCAGAUUUAAAGACAUCUUUGAGGACAUCUUUCAAAAGCACUACAAGCCCGAAUUUGACAAACUGAAGAUCUGGUACGAGCACAGGCUUAUCGACGACAUGGUCGCUCAAGUACUGAAGUCUUCCGGAGCCUUUGUGUGGGCGUGCAAGAACUACGACGGUGAUGUUCAGUCUGACAUCCUCGCACAAGGUUUUGGUUCUCUUGGACUAAUGACAUCCGUGCUGGUCUGUCCUGAUGGCAAGACUAUUGAGGCGGAGGCUGCCCACGGCACUGUGACCAGGCACUAUCGCGAGCACCAGAAGGGAAGGCCGACUAGCACGAACCCCAUUGCUAGCAUCUUCGCCUGGACCAGAGGCCUGGAGCACCGUGGAAAACUUGACGGAAAUCCCGACCUUAUCAAGUUCUCCCAGACUCUGGAGCAUGUAUGCGUAGAGACAGUAGAGAGCGGCACUAUGACAAAGGAUCUCGCUGGCUGCAUCCAUGGGCUGUCGAACGUCAAGCUGAAUGAGCACUAUGUCAAUACCACGGACUUCCUUGACGCCAUCAAGACAAAUUUGGAUAAAGCCCUGGGCAAAUGAAGGACUUGAAGAUGGACUAUAGUUAACAAGGAGAUGGCGUUGUCACUCUUCUGUUUUUGUACCUCAUUUUUAACUUAAAGGUCAAUCAGUUCAGACAUUUUCAUCUGAAGGACAAACGUUUGUUAUCUAUAGAAGUAUUUAGUGUUGUGUUAGGGGUUGUUAAACGGUUGAGAGUUGGCCCUUACCACUUAAUUCUUCCCUUAACACCCGUCCAAUGUCUUGCAAGGUUUUAUUUUUGUAAUGUGAAGUACUGUAUUCAAAACUGUGUAAUGCCUGGGGCAACACUGCAGCACAUUUGCCAAUAAACCCUUUGUUUGACCCAUA